CGAAUUAACUCAGAUUAACUCCUUGAUGCUGUUGUUAGUGUGUGCGCACGUGUGUGUAAAAACAUGUAUAUUAAUUGAAAGAAAGAUGUAGACAGUUUAUUCCUAUCUUUACUGACAUUUUAUUUAUUUUACUUAAACGUUUCAUGUUUAAAAUGUACAUAGAGUAACGAUUCCGUUUAAGGAGAGAAUAGGAUACGGUGGUUGAAAAAUAUAAACAAAAACCGGGACAGAUUUUGAAAACAAAUUCAAAGUAUAAAUAGUGUAAUGACACUCCACGCCUGAGAGAGGCGACUGCGCUAUAAUUUACUGGUUGUGUAUUACCGGAAGAAGUAAACAAGGCAAGGGAAAUGGUUGGUAGGAUAGCGGGCAGUAUCGUUAUUUGCUUCAUUUCUACGUUUGUAUUUCUGUCUGUCUUGUAACAGACUGCACAUUAUUCGUUGUGUAUGUUAGGAUAAAUUCGUCUCAGUUAACUUUGAAGCUUCUCUGGCUAUCUUAGCUUGCUCGCUGCUCAAAAGAGACGCGGAAGCAGAGCGAAGCGCGCCGACUCAAGUGUGAGUGUUGAGAUUGUGUGAACAUGUGUAAAGUACAGAUGCUGAGAGCGUUGGUGAACCAGCGGCUAACUGCGGCGGUUGAAGAAAUAUUUGUAGUGUUCGAAAAGACGAUAGCGGAGUACGAGGAGGAACUUUCUCGAACAAAAGGCGAGAACGAGCGACAGCGUCAACUACUGGACGCCUUUUUCAAGAAACAAGGCGUUCUGUUUCACAGACCAGACAUCAGUGAAGAAGCUCUUUCCUCCGAGAAGCAGGAGUGGAGUUCCUGGAUGGCACAGAAGGAGGCUUGGCCCCCACACAUUAAAGAGGAAGAGGAGGCUCACAGCAUCAGUCAGGAAGGAGAACAUUUUGAAGAACUGGAAGAGUUUCUAGUGAUUCGUGUCCCUGUAAAGAGUGAAGACGAAGAAGACAAAGUUGGUAGUGAGGAGAAUAGAGGGGUGGCGCCUCCGAGCAACACCUCAACUCAACACAUAACAGAAGCUGAUGGAGACCACUGUGGAAGACCACAAGCGGACAUCGUAGCUCCAUUAUCCGAUAGUGACAACACAAUGUCACACUUUCCUGACACUGAUGAAGACUCUAAAGCUGAUAGGACAUGUCACACUGACAACACACAUUGGAAAUGCCCUCAAUGUAGCAAAACCUUUAAUUACCAUAGUAAUCUGAAAAUACACAUGAGGACCCAUACAGGAGAGAAACCAUACAUCUGCUCAAUUUGUGGUAAAAGUUACUCUCAGAAAGUACAUUUGACAAUACACACAAGAACACACACCGGAGAGAAACCCUUUUCCUGUUCAGUUUGUGGCAUAGGCUUUGUACGUAGGGAUGAGUUGAAAAUACACACCAGAAUACACACCGGAGAGAAACCUUUUUCCUGCUCAGUGUGUGGUAUAAAUUUUGUACGAAAUCAAGAUUUAAAAAGACACAUGAGAAUACACACUGGAGAAAAACCUUUUUCUUGUUCAAUGUGUAACAAAAGCUUUUGUGAUCGAACACCGCUUGUAAGACACAUGAGAAUACACACCGGCGAAAAAGUGUUCAGCUGCAGCGUGUGUGGCGAAAGAUUCUCUUAUAAGUACCAGGUUAACAAUCACCAGUGUGCUGGUGAGAGCAGUAGCAGGAAAUGACGCUGCGGUGUGAUUGCGUUGUCGUGUGUCUAAGACACAUACACGUUUAUGUGCUUCUGCAAUUAUUUCAUUGCAGUAAAAAUACAAAAACUGUCAGUUUUAUUUCAUUGAAUUUGAACUUGAGGUGAGGGAACAGCUGCUCUUAGACCUUAGCCUUCCUAGUUAGUAUAUUCAUGUAGCAAGAGUGUUCAAAU